AUUUGACUGUGCGCUUGUCACUGCACUCGUAUUCUACCAAUCCACCUUCUUUCCUAGAUACUUGCGACCUCUCGAGCGGCAUUGCUCGAAGGCCUUUACGAUACACCUUUGCAGGACCUCGGUCUCCUGGAAUAUUCGUAGAGCAACCCUAGCAACCUGUCAAUCGCAAUCAUCCUCUCCUUUUGCUCGGCCUUUCUCGAAUCCUGGGUAUUCUGUAAACGCGACCUAGAAGACGCACAUACAGAAACGUCCAGGCUUGGAAUACGCUCUUUAUGCACGGAUCUUGACACAAGAGUUCUCAACGCCCUGCCCACCUCUCAACCCCGCGACCCCGCGGCCUCUGCGAAGUAGCCACUUCUCCUUACGACGUUAUCGCUGCCUAGCGACUGCUUCGCGUCGACACUGCACAGCAGGACGUCUUACCAAUCUGUCUGCAGAAAAGGCCUCCGUUCUGGCCGCUGGCCUGGACAGGCUCGAAAUCGACACAGAGUACUCUGAAUCUCUCUACUAUCAGCAGUUUACAAGUUCUUCUGCGACGAUUUCAGACAUGUCGCAAUCCUCCUCGCAGAGUCCGGACAGCUGGAUAGGUCAAUUCUGCAGUUUGGUUGGACACGAAUACUUUGCCGAAGUCAGCGAGGACUUUAUUGAGGAUGAUUUCAACCUGACAGGUCUACAAGCUCAAGUACCAAUGUACAAAGACGCCCUGGAAAUGAUACUUGACGUGGAACCUUCUGACACAAAUUCAUCGGCAUUGUCCGAUGAGGAGGAGGAAGAAGAGGAAGAAGAGGACGACGGAUUACUUGGUGACGAACUCGAUGAUCCCGCCGCGAAUGGUGGCGCGAGACGACAAUCAGGCAUGUCAGCAGGUGGCAGAAAGCAUGGACGUUCAUCAUCGGAUACGUCAGUCAUCGAAUCCUCUGCAGAACUUCUCUACGGUCUCAUACACGCCCGAUACAUCACCUCAAGACCGGGCAUCCAGCAAAUGAUGGAGAAGUAUGAGUUGGCUCACUUUGGCUAUUGUCCGCGAGUAUAUUGUGCUGGUGCCAAGGUCCUACCCAUAGGAUUGACAGAUACCCCAGGUCAACAGACGGUAAAACUUUUCUGUCCGAGUUGUCAGGACGCAUAUACGCCGCCAAAUUCUCGGUUUCAGGCCGUGGACGGAGCGUUCUUUGGAACGACAUUUCCCUACUUGUUCUUGAUGUCCUACCCGGAUCUCGAUAUUGCUCCGCCUAAGAGGCCACGAGCACGAGACUCGUCCCAUCAAGGCAAUGAUGACGUAGAAAGCACAUUAAGCCCCAGCGAAGCUAACGUCUCGCGUGCAGGCAUGACGGCCAGCCGAAGCUCCAGUCUCACACUGCCACAACCUCCCACGAUUCCAGGUAUCACGACAGCCAAGGAUGCUCAACAGGCGUCGGGAAAUGCUCCACCAACCCUCCCACCUCAGCCAGCCAGCAUAAAUGGAAUCGCUACAGGCAAUCUUGCUCCUGGAUUGGGUAGAGGCAAGAUCUACGAGCCCAAAAUCUAUGGGUUUCGUGUAUCUGAACGAGCUAAGAGCGGCCCAAGAAUGCGGUGGUUGCGUUCAAAACCAGCAGACAUAAAUGAACUUGACGAAGCAAGGCUGUGGCAUGAAAGAUAUGGGGGAACUGUGGAUGGAGACCCGGAGGAAGAAGCGGAGCAGACUGCCGGUGAGCAGGAAGAUGAGGACGCGGAAGACGAUGUCGCGGAUGCUGAUGGAGAUGCAAUCAUGGCUAGUCAAAGUCAAGCCAACAUCAAGGAUAAACAAGGCUCUGGGAAGUCGAAACAAAAGUCAGCAGGUCAAAAACAAGGUCAGCAACAGGAGACCUCGACUUGGAUAUGAGAUCAGAUCCAAGAAUAGCCCCCAUGAGACGGCGCUCACUAUUCCCCAAAAAACACUCUUCGUGGUGGUCUUGUCUGAUAAUGCAGCUUGUUAAAUUGCCAUCCAGAGUCCCCGAGAUCAGAUCGGUACAGAGAACGACUGCCAACAACGGCAGGUCCGAGAAUUGCACCCUAUAGACAGGCGAGUCUCAGUGGGAGCCAUUCUUUCAUGUUGUGAUGAUUACAAAAACCCCCCACGAAGUCAUUACACGACUGAGCACACCCGAGGCCUCCGGAUUCGGUGCAACAGAAUACCGAUAUGAACUUGACUGGGUUGACACGGUGUUCAAGUCUUUUGCUCGACAAGACGAUCGAGACUUGAUAGUUUUCAAAUUCCACGCCCACCAGAACUGUUAGCAAGAGAUCUUGGGGACAUCGUUGCGCUGACUCCAUCCCGUCACUUACUUUUCUGGAAGUGAAAUCAUCUGGGAUAGCGGGCAUGGGCUUUUACACAACCGAGCGAUUUUCUCUCUGGACACAUGCACUAUCUGGGGAAAUGGCAUAUCUUGAAGCUACUUUCACUCCAUCUGGUUGAUUAGGGGGCCGACGGACUGGUCGUGCGAUCGAAGACAAUGCAGACGUUGUAAUGAAUUUACAGUGAGGACGGUUUGAUGGUGGGACGCGGGGAUGACGGAGGCACGAAUGAUAAUGAAUGAAACUGGGUGGGAAGAGCAUGGCGGAGGUGGUGAUGAUCAUGGUGAUGCUACGUACUAUGUCCUCGUGGUAUUACUGCUCGUCGUCGCGUGCGGGGGAUGUGAGGUGCAACAAGUUCUACUGGGCGUUUUGCAUCGUGCCUUUUAGCAGCGAGAAGACAGAGAGACUACAGAAUGCAAAUUCGUUGUAAAGA